ACAACAAGAAGCCUUUAGUAGUUUAAAAUCGCUUUAUUCUGGCAGAAAAUGUGAUAAAAAUUCAAAAUUGCACGGACUGGACUAGCACCCAACGCAAAUAAACUUUUAUUUUUGAAAAUCCGAGGUUGAUUUUGUGUUAUAUGAUGAUUCAAUAUAAUUAUAAUUUUUGGCGUCCGGUUUAAACGUUUCAUUACAUGACGUGCUAAAAUUAAUUUUGGAUCAAUUGUAUGCCACCUUUUGUUAUGACCGGUUAUAAAGCGACUGAAAAUCAGUCUAAAAACAGAUGGCUACAGGCUUGUUUAUUGAUCAUAAAUACAGGGCUUCCUCGUCUUUCAGUUUUAUUAGUGCUAAAAUUCUGCUGUCAUCGUUGCAUGAUGAAACAAUAUCAAACGUUGAAAAUCUCCCACCACAUGUAAUACGUCAAGUGUCAAAAGAAGUUGCAUUGCUGUGUCAAAAUCCGCCUGAAGGAAUCAAAAUAAUUACAAAUGAUGAAGACAUCACUGAUAUUCAAGCAUCUAUUGAAGGGCCAGCGGGCACACCAUAUGCUGGUGGAAUGUUUCGAAUGAAACUAGUUUUGGGCAAAAACUUUCCAGCUGAACCACCUAAAGCCUUCUUUCUUACAAAGAUCUUUCACCCAAAUGUUGCAACGAAUGGAGAAAUUUGUGUCAAUACACUCAAGAAAGACUGGAAACCUGAGCUUGGAAUUAAGCACAUUUUAUUGACUGUAAAGUGCCUGUUGAUUGUUCCCAAUCCAGAGUCUGCACUUAACGAGGAAGCAGGGAAACUUCUGUUGGAGCAAUAUGAAGAUUACUCCAUGAGGGCAAAGAUGUUUACAGAGAUACAUGCCAAACCACUCAGGCCAACAGAAGAAAAUGCAUGCACUUCUAGGGAAGCAGGAGAUGGCCCGAUGGCAAAGAAACAUGCAGGAGACAAAAAGUUAUUGGAUAAAAAGAAAAAGGAAAAAAAGAAAGUGUUGAAACGAUUGUGACAGCCAUAGAGACUUACGGAUUCUUCCAAAUCAUCCAAAGUGAAUAAAACCUUUUUGUGUGUGCAUUGACAUUGGCACAGUCAAAAGCUAUUCACCUUCAUUCUCAAUCAUGGCAAAAUGAGGGGGGAAAAGUGUGCAAGGUAGAUGACACAAGGACUUGGAUCACAAGGCCAGUAGAAUCCCAGCAUUGUAAACUCUACUUGACAGAUGUGUGUGGUCAGUGAUGAGUGAUGACCUGCGCUAUCCCAGACUACCCAAGCACCACCAAACAGCAACAGAUCCACUUUUUAAAAAAACUUCUUUGCAUCUCUGUAUGACUCAUUUUUACUGCUCCUGACCACCUCUACUUUGCCUUUUGAGUGUUACAGCCUUACAUAUAAAUAACUCAGACAAGCUAUUCAGUUAUAAAGCUAAAAUUAUGAAAUAAGCUGCCAUCUUACCUUGAUGAAUUGUAUUUUGUGCAUUUUAUAAUUAUAGAUUUACAGUUUUCUGAUCAUGUUGCUGUAUAUAUUGACAGUAGUUUUAAUUUGAAACUACUAUUAUUUAUGACUGGGAGUCCUACAUGAUGAUCUGUGUGUGUAAAUGGUUAUCAUUGUGCUAUAAAAUCAUGAAAUAAAUUAACAGUAUGAAAAUAAUUUUUCAUACAACUUUU